CGGAUCCCAAGCCCCUCUCUCCGAACGUAACUCAUUUACCUAUUUCACGUCCGCGUACCUGUACGCACACUCAAAUUCUCGCAAUCACCCAAAUCGAACCGAAUCUCUCCAAACCCCUAAAAAUUAAUAAGAAUUUUUGGCUGGAAUAAAUUCAGGUUUAAACUUGUGAAUUGUGGGACUCAGAAAGCUGGCAAUGGACUACGAGCCUUACGAUAGCAGUGGAACAGAUGACGAUCUCCCUCCAACACACCAAAACAGAAUUCAAAGAGGUGGCCACAUUGCGGGGAAUGGAAGACCUGCUGGUAGGAAUUCUGUUCCGCAUCCUAAGAUGUCUGGUGAAACUGAUAUGGAAGCCCAAAUUCACCAGCUUGAGCAAGAGGCAUACAGUUCAGUUCUAAGAGCCUUUAAAGCACAAGCUGAUGCGAUUACUUGGGAGAAAGAAAGUUUAAUAACUGAACUUAGGAAAGAGUUAAGACUGUCAAAUGAAGAACACAGGGAGCUCCUUGGCAGGGUUAAUGCCGAUGACGUAAUACAAAGAAUAAGGGAAUGGAGGCAGUCGGGUGGGCUUCAAUCAGGCAUGCAUGGUACUAGCCAUGCUAUCCAUGAUCCAGUGCCCAGUCCUUCAGUCUCAGUGUCUCGUAAAAAGCAGAAUAUGGCCCCUUCAUUACCUUCGCAAUCCUUUGGUGGGCCAUCUCCUACUUUCCACUCACAGUCAAUGGCUUCUGCAAACCUGCCAUCUUCAUCGUCUGCAAAGCGUGGACUGAAUAUGGGAGCCAAGGGCAGAAAACAUAAAUCUGGUCAGAUGCCCCCCGGUGGAUCUUUGAUAAAAAUGCAAUAUCCUGUGUUGGGUCCAACUGGAAGAGGUCAAUUUGGCAAUCAUAUUUCUUCUGGUGGUCUUACAUAUGAGCCUGCUGAAGCAGCUUCAUAUGAUACAUUAGUUGGAAGGAAAGUGAGGACCAGAUGGCCUGAUGACAAUAACUUCUAUGAAGCUGUUAUCACUAACUACAAGCCAGAUGAGGGUCUGCAUGCUCUUGUUUAUGAUAUAGGUACCACAAAUGAAACAUGGGAAUGGGUCAACCUUGCUGAUAUUUCUCCUGAGGAUAUCCAAUGGGUAGGAGAAGACCCAGGAAUUUGCCGGCACAGAGGGUAUGGGGGAACAGGCCAUGGUAUGAAUCGACCUCUGGGACGUGACGGCACUACAGGUUCAGGAAGAGGCAGGGGAUUCAACAGAGGCCUGUCUAGGAAGGAGUUUCCACCAUCCCAUAAUGGCAUUGGUAAGAAGGGAUCCGAUGACAUUCUUCAAUUGCUUAACACCGACAUUCUAAUCAGGGAGGUGGAGAGGGUUUUGGGGACUAGUAAUCCUGACCCAGUGGAUAUAGAGAAGGCAAAGACACUGCUUAAGGAGCAUGAACAAGCACUAGCUGAUACCCUGGUGAGGCUUGCUGAUAUAUCUGAUGGUGAAAGUGAUGAGGGUGGCCAUUUCUCGCACAGGCAAUCAAUGGAAUGAGAUCGACAAUCUUGAAAUCAAGACAGAAAUUGUGUAAGUACAUUUUGGGAAACAUGGGUUCGAUUUUGUGGGGGCGGGUUGCUCUGUUGUAUAAUGCCAUGGUUCCUUCUAACAUUGGAUUAAUGGUAGUAGUGUUUUAGUUAUUUAGCACAGGGCAAUCUGUAGCUUGGGGUGUCCGUGGUUUCUAAAGUAGCAUGACAAUUUCCAGAGUUUCAAUGGAUCACUACCAGGUUAAAUUCGGUUGAACAUAAAAGAAAAAUCUAACGGUUUAAUUUUUUUGACUAAAUGCAAUAUCAAAGUUCAAGAAUUGCUUCUUUCACGAGGCGUAA